CCCACAAUGUCGGCGGCGCUGCUUGAAGCGGCGCGCUGUUGCCUGUGUUUGACGAACAUUCGAUUCGUUUGAUCCGGGAAACACUUUGCAACUGUGAAGGGAUUCCGUAACAGUCUCGCUUCAGAGCAGAGCACAAUACAAUUAAAAAGGGGCACCCUGGUGGUCUUUAAUUUGCGUUUCCGGUCCCGAGCUGCGGCACCAAGUUGUCGUCAUGUUAGCCUCUGGCUAGCUAGCGGUAGCACACACAGAAGAUUUCGCGUUUACAAAUUUAAUUUUUUAAGGGUUGUUAGUAACUGUUAGAUGACGUCUUCGAAAGGGGGCGGCGGAGAUGUGGACCCCAGCCUCCGAGCGCUGCUCCCUCACAUUGAGAGUACAAAUCAUGAAGCCGAAGUGCCGGAGCUUCUGCUUAAGCUAACAGACGCGCUGGACAGGAGGUCUGUGCAGGGCAGCCGAGCGCUGGAGAGGUUCAAACGCGACCUGUUCACGAGCGGUGUGCUCCAGUACUGCUCGGAUGCGCUCAGGUUCGAGUACGCGCACGUGGAGGGGGGGCUUCACACCGCCGCGCACCUGGCGGACGUGUUGAGCGCUUGCUGUGUUGGCGUUGAUCCAGUAACCAGUGCGGCGAUAAUUCAUAGCCAGCUUCUUCAAUCCGUUGCUGAGAAUAUGACCUUCUUGGCAACACGUGUAAUGGAAAGAGUAGUGGAGACAAAGGAUGACGCUCAGAAGAUUCGUCAGUUUCGAAAAAUCUUCGAUUCCAUUUGUUGGCUUCUGAAGGGACACAGUCAGUUAAUUCCACACGUUCUCCAGUCGAAACACUACCAGAAGAUUCAGCUCUCGGAAAACGAGGACGUGGGCGGAGUUUUGUUCUCAUUCCUACAAAACCUUGUCGGGUCAAACAGCGCGUUCUUAACCGAAAUAAGGCCCGUGGUUCUUGAGGGAAUUCUGGACGACAUCGUCUACAAGCUGGGCUGCGGAUCCAGCGCGGUGCUCGGCGGCGGCGCUGCCAGGACGCUGCUACUCGUGGCGAAGAGCCACAGCUCCAUCGCUCGCUCCAUCCCCCGCAAAUACCGCGGUCUGGACGCCUUGUUGAAGACGGACUGGCGCGGAAAGGGCUUUGACGCCGUGGUGGAGCAGCUGUUGGACCUGCUGUACUCUGAAGCUCCAUCUCAGGGAGCAUCUCAGGACUCGGCCGCGAGGGAAGUCAAAGCAGCCUGUGUGAUACAGGCAGCAUGGAGGGCCUUCCUGAUCAGGAGGAGGAUGAAGAUGCUCCCCAGAGCUGUGAGCACGUUACAGAGAAGCUUCCGUGAGAAGAAACGAAGGGAGGAGCUGCAGUCGCAGAGGAAAAAGGCAGAGGAGGAGCUGCGGCUGCAGGUGCGACUGCGCAGACAGAGGGCCCUGCGUGAGUUCCACCAGCGCCAGCUGUACCUGCUGGAGAUAGUGCCUGCGGGCCAAGUGGACAAGUAUUUGGCCGAAGUGGAGAGCAGAGCUGCAGUGAUCAUCCAGAAGGUGUGGAGGGGCCACAGAGAGAGGAGGAGCUUCCAGCAGCAGAAGGAGGCGCUCGGGCAGUUCAAGGCGGCGGUCACCAUCCAGAGAGCCGUCCUGCAGUUCCUGAAGCGCAGGAGGAUUUUGCAAAGCACACUGUCUCCCUGGAGGGGACCCAAGGGUCUCACCGAUGCGCGGAGAGCGGAGCUCAUGAAGCAGGUGGAGGAGCACAUGGCUCGGCACCCCGGCGGCCCCAUGUCGCCGGAGCGCUGCCGGGAGCUCCACCGCCGAACCCAGGAGAUGCUGCGGCAGUACCUGAUGGGGAGGGAGGUGGAGCGCAGGGCCGAGCACCACGGGCAGGCCCUCCUGGCCCAAAUCAACACGGACAUCGAGCUGCUCACGAAUGCCCCUCCCCUGAAGGACGUCGCCGAAGUGGAUUCGGACCUCUACCUCAGCAGGUCGGGCCCAGUGGCGUACCGCGCCAGGCAGUCCCACAAUGCACUGCUUAACGCUUCACGCUACCCCUGGUGGAAAAGGCUGGGUGACGAAUUCCAGGAUCCCGAAUCCGUUCCGGCAGAAAAUUUGGCAGAAAACUUUGAAAGCUUGUAUUUCGGUUGAAGGCGACAGUCGAUUCGUCAGUGUCAUCGUUUCCAAAUAUGUUACAAUAAAUUGUGCUCAAGGAGAAGAUUUUAUGUGUUUGUU